AUUGUUAAACAACGAUUUCACAUUUUUAAGGUUAGGGAUCGGUAAUUGUUUACUCGUAGAUUAAUGAACUACACAUCUGCUAUGUUUACAGAAUGUUCAUCACAAACGUAUAGGAAUAUAAAGAGGAGAAAAGAAAGAAAUGUGUUAUUAUGCCCACAAUUGAAGCUACGACAGCUAAAUGAGCAGAUUACCCGCUUAUUCUACGCAAAAUGUCCAUAUCACAAAUAUAAGUCUUUCUUUACACAGAAUACUGAAAACGCUUCCCAUCUUUAUGUAAAGUUGAAACUGUAUGAUUGUUGUAGUACCAGUAGGCUCUUGAGGCAUAUAUAUAAAAAACCUUAUUAUGGACCCCUUGAAGUAUCGGUUAUGUCGUUACAGCUCCAAUGCAAACCGUUCAACUAGGAUUGAAAUAUGAGUAAUUUUAUUCCUUCCUCUAAUACGGACCAUCUAACCAUUCCGUUUGGCUACCCGCUACGAUACUUGUUUGAUACUGGACAGAUUCUUCAUCAAUCUGGAAUGCACCUUGUCCGAUUAGCUUCGCUUUUUUAGCUGUUACUAUUAUUGACAACAUUCGUAAUAGAUAAACAAACUUCGUGAUCGUCAUGAAACGACAUUAUACUUUUGUUGAUUUACGAACAACAACAUUCAGAAAAACAUCUGUAACUCCAUAAAUCUCUAAAUUAAAUGCAAGUGCUCUUCUUUAUUUUAACUCUUAUACAAACACUCCAUCUCUCCUUUAUACCCUUUAACUAGUUCAUCAACGUUGAUUAUUCGCUACAUCUGUUUAAAUAACAUUUUUGUACCAUCGUUGUUAGAAUCUCAUCCAAUACCCAUUUACUGCUUACUAAGAGAAAACAAAUUGAUACAACACUAUCCUUGGGCGAAUUACUUUGGCCGGCACGCUACCUUCAAUUAGACUCCGUAUCAACCGUUCACUUACCUUAUCUACUUAUUUUUGGACACUUGGGCUCUAUCGGUGCUUGCUGUUCGUUUCAUAUAUUAUUCUGGGAUACUACAGAAAAAGGGCAUUGAAGCUGAACCUCUAUAAAAUAAAUUUCUUAAGCAAAUCACUUACUCGUACUAUAAUCAUGUCGUCUCUUGACAUCAUCCGAAACAAGUCUCAAGGCGUGAUCAACUUGUUUAAAGGUCAUCCGUUCAAAGAUUUGUUACCCAACGACAUGAUCAGCAGAGCCGUUGAUAAAGUAUUACACUCGACACGGUAUGGAAGUGUUAUGCAAUAUGGCCUAGACGAAGGUGAUCCCGAUUUGCGUUGCUCUGUUGCAAAAUGGCUUGCUGCAUUUUACAAAGAUACCACUACUAAGGACAAUAUUGUUAUAUCCGGUGGUGCAAGCCAAAACCUCGCAUGCAUUCUGCAGCGGUUUACAGACCCUAUCUUUACGCGGAAAGUUUUUAUGGUUGCACCAACUUACUUUUUAGCAUGCAAAAUCUUUGAAGACAGUGGUUUUCAAGGUCGUUUAAAGGGUGUGCCUGAAAAUGACGAAGGUUUAGAUCUUACCUUUCUGGAGAAGUGCAUCCAAGAGGAAGAACAACACGCAAAAAAGGGUUCCGCUCCUAAUGAACAUCCUUACAAAUUUGAUGGCUAUAAACUAUACCGCUACAUUAUCUAUGUUGUUCCCUCGUUUGGAAAUCCUUCCGCCCGAGUCAUGUCACUAGUAUGCAGGGAACAACUAGUGAAACUUGCUCGCAAGUACGAUGCUUUGGUUAUCGCAGACGAUGUUUACGACAUGUUGAAUUGGACAAAUGCCGAACCGCUCCCUCGACUUGUUACCAUUGAUCGCAAUAUGAAGGGACAGUCGGCCUUCGGUAAUACAGUCUCUAACGGCAGUUUCUCCAAAAUUCUGUGUCCCGGAAUCCGUACUGGCUGGGCAGAAGGCACCCCAGACUUUGUCUUCUCUCUGUCUCAAACCGGUUCCACAAAGUCAGGCGGCUGUGCAUCGCAAUUGCUUGCUGGAUGCAUCGAGCCUAUCGUAUCGUCUGGCGAUUUAACUAAAUGGAUACAAGGUGUUCUCGUUCCUGCUCUCAGUGCUCGUCAGAAUGCUAUGGAACAGGCAAUCAUUAAGUAUCUCGUGCCUUUAAACAUCAAAUACAGUUCCAAUAAGGGUGGUUACUUUGCUUGGCUGGAGUUUCCCGAGUUUGUGAACACCGACGAUUUUCACAAAACACUGCUUACGAAGUACGAUGUCGUAAUUGCACCGGGUUCCGCGUUUCAUGUCACCAAGGACACCUCGUUCACCGCGACCAAUUGCGCUCGUCUAAGUUUCAGCUGGGAAACACCUGACAAUAUCACCAAAGGAAUCAGAUUAAUUUCUGAUGCUUUUAAAACUGAAUACGGUCAAAGAAAUUAGCACGCUUGCACAGAACCACAAUAUCAAAUGCUUGGUUCUGAGCAUGCACCAGUGAUCCCCUUUAUACCAUUUUUUGAUCUUAUUCACAACAAAUUUCCCGCCUCCUACCACUCAUCAUUGCUUGUUCAGUGAUCCUUAUUGCAUUUCAUUUCAUUGUCGUUCUUCUUCUCCGUUUCUACGACUUCUGAUACUCCGGUCUAGGUCCCGACUUAGCUUUGCUUUCAGAACCAAUACCAGCAUUAUGAUUUGAGGAAUGCAAAUGUGGAUGCUUUAUCUCCUAAGUUCACAUGCCAUGUUAGUUGUAUGUCAGCCUGGAUCCUAUUCAACGUCCAUACCCCUUCAACAAAUUUUGCUCCCUUAUGCAUGUCAUGAAGAAAACGCUUUCCCUCAUCCUUUGCUGAGCGGACACCAGGGUCCGUAGUAUUUUGUCUUCCUUCCGCCAUUAGAUGUUCUUGUUUUGUUUUAUGAUGCCUCAAAACAAGGCAAUUAUUUAUGAAACUAUUAGCCCUUUAUACGUCACACAUACUUUAUGGAACUUUUCUCUGUAACCACAGAAUACCAAUUACGUUUUUCUAACAAUUACUGACACCAACAACUACACAGCUUUUGCAUUUCAUCCAGACAGCUCUCUACUUCCUCCCUAAUUCUGUGUCACAUAAACAUCAGAACGCUUCGUAGUAGCGUCCUACAAUUCGUCCAACCGCGAGAGCCGAACCUUAGUAGACACUCGUUCCAGUUCACCACCAAUUGAGUGCUGAUAGGUAAUUUAGCCGGAUAGCCUCGAGCCCAUGACGAUGGAAAUGAAUUGAAGAAGUAUGUGCAAUCAAGGAACAUGGGGGCUUCAAUUGCUGCGACACCUCCAAGAGUGUGCAAAUGCGACUUAGUUAUGCACGAUUACCGACCGAGUAGUCAUUACCUUUGACGUUCAUGGUGGCCGUCUCGCCAAAAAUUUCGUAUCUACUGUGAAAUCAGUACAAGAGGCAAAACCGCUUAUCAGCGAUUUUCAGGGUCGUAACAGUAAUUAACCGUAUUCAGUGACGACUCUACGAACGGUGUAAACGAAAAUAGAAUAUGCCUCGUCAGCUAUCAUUCUUGAAAUAGCCGGUCUUCUUCCCAAUUUGGUACCACACCCACCAUCACGAAGGUGAAA